UUGUGAAACAGCUCCAAGUUCCGAACCGUACUUCAUCUCUGAUAUAAAAGGUCGACUUUUGGCCAGGUCUUCCUGCUGCAGGCGACCCCACAGAAUAUUUCCUUGGUCCAAUUAUCUAUUGAAUUUAACUAGAAACUGUGGACAAAAACAUUACCGCAUCAAUGUCUCUAAUAUUCCGCGCUACUUUACGAAAUCCAGAUUGAAGAAAGUGCAGCCACCUCCUCCUGCAAAUUUUGUUGGCACCUCGGAAUUUGGCACAUGUGAUUGUACAGACCACUUGGCCAAAAAGUUGGAGACUGACCCAAUGCUUCUAGACAUUGACCCCUACCUCACUCCAAUCCAACUUCAGUUGGAAAUUGGUCUACGGAAAUUAAGAAAGAUUCAACCCCCAACUAUCUGGAUAAUAGGUCACGCACACGAAACUACGAUUCGGGAACGAGAAACGUUUGCUCGGUCUCUGGCUGCUAUAUUGGAUUACACUUACAUCAACAUGGACACUGAAAUUUGGAAGAGAACUGAAGCGUCUUCCGAAGAACUGACCAAUAUUAACAAUGAGUUUGCCAGAAAGGGAGAUCAUGUGGGCAAAUCGGCCCAUUCCAGGCUGGUCGUCAUGUCGUGGAAGCUUACGUCAAAUCCCUCCGUCACUUUGAGUGAAGAAGGCGUCCUUGAAAUGCUUAAAUUAAUCUUGGUCCACAACGCGAACGGUUUCGUGAUUGAUUCUUUUCCGUGCAAUGAAAUUGAGGCAUCCGGAUUUGAAGCAAUGUUUUACCCAGUUACGUUUUCCAUUUAUAUUCGUCCUCCAGCCAUGAAAAGGUAUAAACCACGAAGUAAGAAUGCAACUCGUCCUAACGAUAAUAAUGACGGACAUAAGAAGAUUGAGACCCGUGCCAGUUAUGAGAGCGUUUUAGAACCCUCAAAUUUUCGUCGAAGUCAUUCCUACCACGAGGUUGAAGUACAAAAUAUCGCACACAAGUAUAAGGAUCAGCUCCGAGCACUAAUUUUUGACCAUGGGAUAGAUCUUGGACAUCACGAGGCCGAACUGGCUAGCGCUCUGAUUUUGGAAGAGGUUUUUUUUGCAAUUAUUGUUGAAAUUGAAUUUCUUCACAUCUUCUUAGAGCGUGCAAUUCAUAAUUGA